GUGAGACCAAAAUGACCUAUCAUAUGCAUGAGUUCCUCACUUUCUUAUAGCGGGUGCAACAUUAAUGUAGACUAAGCGAUUUCACAAAAAAAGCUCCUUUUUAUAUCUUUCAACUCUUCUCCUUCCAUUCCAUCCCUCUCCCUCCCUCUCCCUCCCUCUAUAUAACCUACCCUACCAUCCUCUUCUCCUGCCAUUCCUUCAACAUCAACCCAAACAAUGGACUCUCCCGCAACAACAAUGGGAGUCUUAUCCAUUCCAUCAACCAUCGAGCAUAAAUUCUCAAACAAUGGCAAGAGGCAGGCAUGGGCGAGAGAACUCCACAGAGUAUUUUGCAUGCAAGGAGGUGACACUGAUGUCAGCUAUGCCAAUAAUUCCGAACCAACUGCAUGCGCUAUUGCCUUAUCUAAGCCACUGCUGCAUGAUGCCAUUGCUUCAAUGAAGCUUUUCCAUGGAGAAAAAUCUAUAAGGAUUGCAGAUUUGGGCUGUGCAACUGGCUACAACACGGUCUCCACUGUUGAAUUUGUGGUGCAGAGCUUGAGAAAGCGGUACGAGGCUGAGCAGAGCCAUGUGCCAGAAUUCGAAGCAUCUUUCUCUGAUCUCCCUUCAAAUGACUUCAACUCACUGUUUCAGUUGCUUUUGCCAUCAUUUGAUGUAACAGAAAGGCCAUACUUUGUGGCUGCUGUUCCUGGUUCCUUCUACGGGCGCUUGUUCCCUUCAGGGAAACUCCAUUUGGUCGUUAGUUUGAAUUCCUUGCAUUGGCUUUCUAGGAUUCCGGAGGCAGUGCUGAGUAGGCAGUCAUCUGGAUGGAACAAAGGCAGGGUGUGGAUUGACGGGGCUAACAGGGAUGUGGUCGAUGCCUAUGCGAAGCAAGCACAGGAAGACUUGGACAAGUUUCUCCAUUGCCGAAAAAUGGAGAUUGCAGAAGGAGGAGUCCUCUUUCUGUUAAUGGCUGGGAGGCCUAGCUUGCAGCCUCCUGAGAACCAGUUGAAUGAUGAGGAUACAAGGGCCAAACACCCUUUCACCAUUAUUGAUCAAGCUUGGAAAGAAUUAGUUAAUGAGGGAUGGCUCGAAGAAGAGACUCAAGACAUGUUCAACAUUCCUGCAUACAUGAGAAGCAUGGAAGAGGUGAGCUCUGCAUUUGAAAAAUGCAAAUGUUUUGAAAUCAAAAGUAUGAAGUAUUUGAAAUUGAUCGAACAUUCGAAAGAGAAACAAGAGGAUUGGAUUAAGGACCCAAUCUUAUACGGUCGAGCGAAGGCCAACUUGGUUCAAGCCGGCUUAAGGCCUCUCAUCGAAGCUCACCUUGGCAUGGCGCCAACAGAGAAAUUAUUCAGUAGGUUUGAGAAGAAGUUCUCAGAGGACAUCAAUUUGCUCAAUAAGACUUGUUUCUAUGGCCUUAUUGUGCAAGUUAACUCUGUAGUAUAAAAGCGGCAUUGAUGGAUUGGGACAACACAAUGACAAAGAAAUCUGCUACUUUAAGCUCCUGCAAAGUGAUACUUGUGUAAGGAAUCUUGUAGUGAAGUCCAGCAGCAAUGUGUUGGACAUAGACAACAAAUUUAAG